CUUAACGGCUCAACCGAGUCACUGCCCCAGUACUGGUCUAAUCUAACCCCGUAUUUUUUGCUUUCGUCCUCAAGCCUCAAACCCUUCUUCUUCUUCUUCAGAUCGUCCUCUCAUCGGCGAACGGUUCAGCUUAGGAUAAAGCGCAGCUUCCUGAAAUGGCGGCAAUCGCAGGACGCGCUGGUUCAACGCGAUUAUCUCUCCUCCAAAAGCUCUUCACUUCGGCCCAGAGAUCUACCGAUCAACGAUCCCUUGUCUGCGCUACUGUCUCCAACCCCGUGCUGUUGAGAAACUAUGCAACUACCCCUGUUUCAAAAGAACAAAAAGUUAAGGUGCCCUUGAAAUUGUAUGGGGUUUCUGGAAAUUAUGCCUCUGCUCUGUACCUUGCAGCAGUGAAAUCCAACGUGCUGGACAAGGUUGAGUCAGAGCUUUGUGACCUUAUUGAUGCUUCAAAGAAAAGUCCUACAUUUACACAGUUCAUGAAUGAUCCAUCUGUACCUGUUGAUACUAGAAUGAAGGCCAUGAAAGAUAUUUGUGCCCAAGCCAAAUUUGGAGAUGUCACAAGGAACUUCUUGUUUGUUUUGUCUGAAAAUGGGAGGCUGAAACAGCUUGACCGCAUUGUGAAACGAUUCAAAGAGUUGACUAUGGCACACAGGGGAGAAGUCAAAGCCAUUGUGACAUCAGUGAUUCCCCUUCCCGCAGAAGAGGAGAAAGAAUUGAAAGCCACAUUGCAGGACAUGGUUGGACGUGGGAAGUCCAUUCAAAUCGAGCAGAAGAUUGAUCCAAGCAUUCUCGGUGGUCUUGUACUGGAAUUUGGGCAGAAAGUUUUUGAUAUGUCGAUAAAGACUCGGGCCCGCCAGAUGGAGAAGUUCCUUCGCGAACCCAUCAACUUUUGAUUGCCCUGCCCUUCCCGCAAUCUUCUUGCUUUCAAGGUGUUUUCUGUUCUCUUACAGAAGAAAGCUCUAUUUCACUCUGGCCUCCUUAAUCUUCCCUUUUUAAUGUUCACUUUUAUGAUAAGAUGUUCUUAUUCUGCUGUUUUUUCAGCAAAUAAAAAAAUGUCGGGAAUUUGUGUGAAUUCGUUCACAUGAAGAAAACCCCAAAUUAGAUACCUUUUAAUGCCAAAUUUUACAGCAGCAGCAUUUUGCUCUUCAAAAUGGAUAAUAAAACUACUAAUGACUCGAUCAAGUGUGCUGGGUAACUUCUCUGUGAAUGGGUUCCCUAUCUUUUUUUUACUUUUUUGGUUUUGCUUUUAUUAACAGUCUGCAUUUUCCUUGAUGGGUUAUUUAGUUUUGGUUUUAUAAAAUUGAGGUCUUGAGCGGCAAUCAAAGGUCAGCAAUUGUAGUAGUGGGUUGCUGCUGUGUUAGCUCUUUAAGCCUUCCUGACUACAAACAGCCCAAAAUUCAGCCAAAGACACUUCAAAGUUCCUUCCACAAUGACCUCAAGAAACUACAAGACACCCC